UGGUUCGUCCUGACCGCAGGCCACUGUGUCCAUGUUAGUAUUUAUAAUAUUGGCGAUCUUCAAAAAGUGCGCUUGGGCGCACAUUACACCGAUCCGAAUAGAAAAAUGCCGGGUGCUCUGCCUAUUGUUGAAAUCGACGUGGAUCGAAUUAUAAAGCAUGAUCAGUACUUCCAUUCGACUAGUUUUAGGAACGACAUAGCCUUGCUGCGACUGAAAAUGCCAGUACGUUAUUCGGUGGCAAUACAACCGAUUUGUCUUCCCACCGCGGAAGCACCACAUCAUGAUCGAAUUUUUGAAGCAGCCGGCUGGGGAAACGGAAGUCCAGUACUGGUGCGCAAAUUCCUCAAGGAAAAUCUUCCAAAUAAUACGCUAUGUAAAAACGAGGCAUUUGUAUCAAAAUUACAAAUCUGUGCAGGUGGUCGCGAGGGUGGAGAUGAUUCGUGUAAAGGUGAUUCUGGCGGUCCCCUGAUGAGCACCACAACAGAAAAUAAAACACUUUUAGCCGGCAUCAUAUCCUUUGGAAAGAAAGGCAAGGCAUCUUUUUACACAGACACUAGACAAUACCUUACAUGGAUAAAGAAGAAAUUGGAGAAAGAUACAAUACAAAAUGUAACAAAAUAUCCCAGUUUUAAACAGUUCAAAAGUCAAGUACAAAAUAAGAAAAAGAAACAUUGGAAAUACAACCUAAAUUAAAUUCUUUUGUAAAUACUAAAUUUUGUAAAUAUUAUAGUAGUAUUAUUUAAUAUUAUAGUAAUCCCACAAACCACCUCAAAUUAGUUUAACACUAAUUGUUAGCUUUAGAUAAAUAAAUAAAUUAAAGGAAUAAAAAAUUAUUUAAGAAAAGAAUCAAGUAUUCCAAAACUU